AUGCGAUAUAGUAUUCAUGAAGUGUAUGGAAAAAUUUUGGACUUGUCUGAGAAUGGGAGCUUGUAUUGGACAAGAUUUAUUUGGAAUGCUUGUGUAGUGCCUAAACAUGCUUUCAUUACUUGGUUAGCUAAUCUGAAUAGAUUGAAAACAAGAGAUAGAUUACAUCACAUGGGAAUAACGAAUUCAUCUGAUUGUCUGAUAUGUGACACUGCUACAGAAGAUACCUUUCACUUGUUUUUCUCUUGUUGUUAUAGCAGGAAGUGUACCAUAGAGGUGAAACUUUGGCUGGAUUGGCAUUCGAGUUCUGAGAAUCUUCAAGGACUUCUGAGAUGGCUUGCCAGAGGGAAGGGUCUCUCCCGUUUUAGGAAGAGGAUUUUUGCUUCUAGUUUAGCGACAACUACCUAUCAUUUGUGGAGAGUCCAGAACCUUGCUUUAUGGGAGGAAAAAUUUCAGAGUGUUGAUUGUACAGUUAGACAUAUUAAAAGGGACAUUAAAACUAGAGGGUAUAAUUUUGUGAAGAAUAGUGUUUCUGAAUUAGAUAAAAUCUGGUUUGGAGACUUAGUUGUAUAG